GUGGCAGCUCCAAACGGAAUCGCCAUCCGGCAACACUAAUCGCUUGGAAAAGUCUAUCAACGUUUUGUGAAAUGAAAAUUGGACGAGAACAUUUGUACAUGAGUGAUUAAAAAAAUAAAAUGGUUUCCAUGCAAUUCGUUUUGCAACCGCUUCCGGGCUCGGACGACCAGUUUAUAGAAAGGAUAAGAGAAGUGUCAGAGAAAGUGAAUCGAUUCGGCUAUGGCACCCAUCGCAUAUUCGAGCAGUUAAAGAUUCCUGUUCGAGAAGUCGUUAUAGGACCAUCCCACAUCGGAGUCCUGUUGGAGGAUGGAAAAGCCUUCCGCGUAUCCUUUUCGAUUAACUCGGAAAAGCUUGACUUGACAAAAACUGAUGCAAAAUGCGCCACAAGCGGUGGGGCAGGAACCGCCAGCGCCUCAAAGGCCCCUUCGUCAUCUAGACCUAUGGCUCGCUCUAGGGCGCGUCUCCUUAGGGCAACAGGACGUUCCAGUUCCACGGGACAAGGCUCGGGAUCGAGAAGCACCGGCGUUAUAAUCGGUGGAAGCGCAUCAAAUCGGCCCUUGGUCACCGUUCCAGCCACAUAUGUGCCAGAGGAACUUAUAUCGCAAGCGGAAGUUGUUUUACAGGGCAAGAGUAGGAACCUCAUUAUUAGAGAAUUACAGCGCACCAAUCUAGAUGUAAACUUAGCUGUAAACAAUCUUCUGUCGCGCGAUGAUGAGGAAGCCGAAGAUACUGAGGAAGGCGCCGAUAACUAUGUGCCUGAAGACCUCAUAUCGUUGUUGGACAACGGCUUCAGUGGUGAGAACAACAGCGUGAUCAUCGAUCCCUCCGAUGGACUAUUUUCGGAAGAGAUAUUUAGCAACUACUCGAGCAUUCGAAACCUGCUUUUCGACCGCAUUCGAAGUGAGCGUAGCAAUUCUAAUGCAAACGCUGCCGACAGUAACCAAUCCAAUCGCUCGGCCACAACGGCAGCUGCUCUGAGUGGGGGUAGCGGGCUCUCGGCCCAAAUAUCAGUAAAUGCUGAUCGGGAGGCAUUCAGUCGCUGGCGCGAUCGCCAGUACUACGGUCCUCGUCGCUGGAUCAGCAAAGACGAUUAUACUUGGGAAAAGGAUACUGAUGCCAAGAAAAAAGAACCCUCACCUAUGCUUUCACCCAUUUGGAUCUCAGAGGAGCUGCAGCCGUGGCCUGAAAAAAGCUCAGUUCGGUUUAAAACCAUCGGUGCACUGUAUUCUGAGUUCAUUGCCCUUUCAGAAAAUGGAGAUCUGUAUCAGUGGCGUUGGUCAGAUGCCGAGCCCUACAAAUCUGAGACGGAGAAUGUUUAUCAUCCGAAAACCGUGACUCUCAACAUUACCGAGAGGGUCGAACUCAUCUCGGCAAACUUUAUCCGAUGCUCCGUCGUUACUGAAACUAAUCGCGUGGCUACAUGGAUGGACGAACAGCUGGGUUACCUCGGCGCCAAGCUGGAGCACAAUUCCUGCUCAUUCAACGAGUUCAUCUCAGACCCCAUUACAAAGAUCCAUGUCUGCUCCUUGUACACAGUCGUCCGCACAGAGAGUAACAACAUCUACUGGUGGGGCGUCCUGCCGUUCGAUCAGCGUCGUUACCUUUGGGACAAGUUUCGCACCAAGACCAAGAAACCAUUCAAGGUGGUGACCACAGACAUAAAUGUGGGCGCCCAAGUGAUAAUGAAGAAGUGCCCUAUCUACCAGUCCGGAUCGAUCGGCUUUACAUGUUCCAAUGGUGUUCCGAAGGUGGGCCAGCUCCUAAACUCGGUGUGGAACUUCACCGAUGUGUGCCGCAUGAAGAUCAUAAAUAUCAACACAAGCUCGUGUCCCGAGAAGUCUCAAGCAACUGGUUCCACUGCGAGUGCUGCACCAGAUAAGGACUCGCAGAAGACUACGACCAUCCCCAGCGCAGGGAGCAGCAAGAAUACCCAGUCGUUCUCGAGCAGCAAGGAGUCUACGGAUCGCAUCGAUAUGCCCCCGCCGCCGUCACCGGCAUCUAGCACUUGCAGCGACACCGGAAGCGUUACAUCCCACAAGCGGACAAAACGUGUUACCACCAAAGAGGACUCGAACGCACCGCAGGAGGGCAGAAAGGACGAGGAGCUGUGGCAGCUUAAGGAUGUGGUAUUCGUCGAGGACAAAGUGGGUCCUGUAGGCAAAGUCCUGAAAGUGGAUGGUGAUUUCGUUGCCGUUCGAUUCCCGGCAAUGAAUCAGGCAGCAGCUGCAGCCGCGGCUUCCAACGCCGCCAGCACGAGCGCAAACGCUGCUUCCACAUCGAAGGAGGAGGGCAAGGAAGAUGACUGGCAGCAAUGCCGAUUGCUGCGUCGUGAGGACGUCCAGGUCUUUCGCACGGCAAUGUCAACUAGAGGACCGGACUGGCUGCAAAAGCAGCCGAAGAAGAUCAAUAUUGGCGCCGAUUCUGCUGGCGUUCUGCUCCUCACUCUGGCCGUGGACUCGCGCGGCAUUCAUGUGGUGAAGAAGGUGCUCGGAAAGAUCCACUACAGUCUGUACAAUCUGUACAAUAGUAAGCAGGAACAGAACUGCCUCUUCCCCACGGACUGUGCCUCGUUCAUUGGCUCUUCACCGGCCUCUAUUAUGAUGGCAUGCAACAACGACUGCAGCGGCAACACCAGCACAAUUAUACUGCGCGAUGGAAACGGAGCGCUGUAUCCUUUGGCUAAGGACUGCUUGGGUUCCAUCAAGGACCCCCAAUGGUUCGACCUCCCUCCCGUAAAGUCUGUCACCAUGGCCACUAUCUCGUUGCCAGCAAUGAUCGGACACUCCGGCAACCUAAAGUCGAAGGUCUGCAUGACGGCAUUGCUGUUCGAUACCCAGAAGCUGAUGCCGCACAUCCUGCGCUGCGAUGUGAAGAAUAGUUUUGCUGCACUCAGUCGUUUGGAAAGAGAGGAUCAAGCCGACACGGCUUUGGUAGUAGAGGAGCGUUGCGACGGAGCUCGGAAUAUAUUCCACGCUUGUGUAAUCAUGUGCGCUCCAUCGUCCAACAAGGAAACGCCCCCAGAUUCUCCAGGAGGCGGCACUGAUAAGAAGUCCCUGGCAGUGGGCCUUUCCGUGGCCCGUUCCAUGCCAUCGGUUUCCACCAGCGCCUAUGUCAGCAGCCAAGCCUUCGGGGCCAAUUCCGCAUCGAGUAACGAGAACUCUAGUUUCGCCACCAUGAGCUCCUCGGCUGCCGCUGCCGGUUCAUCAGCCUCACCGUCUGGCAACCGCGAAAAUCGCAUCAACCUGCGCGAUAUGAGACUCCGCCUAAUCAACGCCGAUCAAGCCGAGCAAUCUGGAAGCCAGUCUUUGGGCAAUUCCAGUGAGGACCACGCCUACAUCCCGUGGCCGGCAGAGAACUCCACCGCCAGUAAUCUGAGCACAGACAGUAUCGAAGACGAUAUCUCAAAGAUAAUACCAUCCUCCUCGCAGCACAGCUCCAUGCUAUCGAACAUUAAGCUGGGUUCGCCGAACUACACCUUUGAUUUGGCCCAGAGGAGGGAGCAUGCGCUCCUUAUCUUGCAGCAGAUGUGCGUGAGUUCCGCUCUGCGUCCCCACCUGUGCCAGAUGCUAAGCACCAAAGACGCUCAGGGCCAGACGCCGUUCAUGCUCUCCGUAUCGUGCCGCGCCUACGAGGCGGGCAUUGUUUUGCUGAACACCAUCCUAAUGCUAACCGAGCAAGAUCCGCAGCUCAAAGAGGCCAUGAUAUUCCCCUCCGGCUCACCGGCCGAUCAGUCGCCGCUACAUGUUAUUUGCUACAACGACACGUGCUCGUUCACCUGGACAGGGGCGGAUCACAUCAACCAGAACAUCUUCGAGUGCAAGACCUGCGGAUUGACUGGAUCUCUAUGCUGCUGCACGGAGUGCGCCCGUGUGUGCCACAAGGGUCAUGAUUGCAAACUCAAGCGAACGGCUCCCACGGCCUACUGCGAUUGCUGGGAGAAAUGCAAGUGCAAGGCCCUCAUUGCCGGUAACCUGACAAAGCGAUUUGCCCUCCUUUGCAAGCUGGUGUCCUGCACGGAUCUGGUCACGAAGUUCAACUCCAAGGGAGAGUCCAUCUUGCUGUUCCUCAUUCAAACCGUUGGCCGGCAGAUCGUGGAGCAGCGACAGUACCGCUUCAAUGUGAGGGUGCGCAACGUGGGAAGCACAGCCAGUGGUUCGAACGGCAGUAACACAGUGAUAUCCAACCGAAAGUCUUCGACCGUUGACAUGGAGACUGAAAUGCCGGACCAUGAUCUGGAGCCGCCGAAGUUUGCGCGUAAGGCGUUGGAGCGCCUGCUGAUAGAUUGGAACGCGGUGCGUUCGAUGAUUAUGAGCGGAGCGGAGAGAAGCGAGGUCAACUUCCAGAAUCCGCCAGACAACUCCAGCUCGGAGGGCUUCAACAUGUUUAUCCAGACGCAACACGGAUCCACGCUGCUGGAUAAGUUCACCCACAGCUUGAUCGUUAAGUGCACCGGCGAUCAUUUGGACACCCUGCUGCUAACCCUGGUUCGGGAGCUGCAGAACGUCAGUGUGCCCAAUCGUUGCCAGGAAGCCGAGGAGGUGGCUCGCCGUUUUGUGCGCUCCGUUUCCCGGGUGUUCGUUAUUUUCAAUCUGGAGAAGCAACCGAACCCGGAAAAACGCAAGUCGCACACCUCGUGCAACAAGUACGUACAGAGCUGCGUAAAAGUCUUCCAAACUCUGCACAGAAUAUCCAUCGAGGAGCUGUGCGAGGUAUCCGAGGCCCUGAUCGCACCUGUGCGUCUGGGAGUUGUGCGUCCCACGGCUCCAUUCACGAUGUCUUCGUCAAAUCUGGAUAACUCUGACGACUUGUUUAGUGUUGAUCCCCUGGCGCCUUCGAAUGUGGAAGCUUCCUCUGAGCAGGUCAUUGGACAUGAUGCUGCCAACGAUCAGAGUUCCAACUUUAAUAUUCAACAGAACUUUGACGUGGUUGCUAUGGAGACGAUUCGCGACCCCUCAGAAUCGGAGGAAGCUAUCAAUCGGGAGACUAAUUCGCACAGCCAAGACGACGAGCUGAUUGAAAAUCAACGGAAUGAGGACGGCAUGAUGCAAGAUGACGAGAGCGACAAUGACUUUGCUUUCAACGAUGCUGAGACUGAAUCGGACUCCGAUGACAACCAAAGCAACCAGGAGGUACAGCGCAGCGUUCAGACUGGAGCGACAGUUGGCUCCGAAACUGAUAUUGGAGUUCUGUUUCUGGAGGACGAGUCUGGAGACUCAUCGGCCCAAGAGGAAGACGGCUCUGAGGAUGGAGAAUCUGACGAUCAUUCUGAUGAAUUUAAUUUCAAUGACCAGCAACUCGAACGCCGCACCACAAAUUCAAACACUCGCAGCGAUCUAGCUCCUCAGACAAUGCAAUGGGCCAUCCGGAACAGAGACACCGCCCGUUCAUCGGUCAGGGUGCCAACUGGGUCCAAUUUGGUGUUCAUCGAUCCGAUGGCCCUUCGACGCUCCACUGUGCCAGCGAGCACUGCGGUAACUACGCCCUCGAUUGAGCCCCACACCAUGGCGACUACGGCCAGUAAUCUGGCACGGGCAUUCGGGAUCGCCGUUCGUCAAAUAUCCGAACUUAUUAGCAUACUUUCGUACAACAUCCUAAAUGACAUUGAAACAUCGCUGAAAAUUCAACCAGAAGAGGCCAUUGCAGUCCAAAACUUUGUGGAAAAACGUUUAAAGGCUACCUGGGACUGGAUGUUCACGGUUAUGGAUGGCACCGAGGCACAGCUGAAGUUUGGAGCCUACUUGACCAACUACACCGAUCCCAAUCACCCUCUGCACCCGCUCAACCUUAGUGCCCAGGCCUCAACUAACCAGACACCAGCUCCUACCACAUCCACCACUGUUGGCGUCAAUAUGAUGGGCUCCAACUCGCGACGCGAUUUCUUCACCUACUGCUUGUCUCUGAUGCGUGCCCACACCUCGGAGCACAGGGACGCCCUGCCCGUUUUGGACAUAACGGCCCUGCGUCACAUUGGCUACGUGCUGGAUGCCUUCGUUUACUAUAUGCGCAAUGACACGGGCUUCUACGACAAGCAAGAGACCAUAUCGGGACGCGUCAACAAUCUUUCGCCCAUGGUGGAGAGCUAUGAUACCGACGACGAGCUGACCAAUCUAGAGGACUUCAACGCCGAAGUGCAGCCAUCGACGAGUGGCCAGUCCUCCGGUAACGUGGGUACCCGCCGGCAUGCUUUCUUUACUCGAUCCGAGUCCACACUCAGUUUGGGCUGCUCGGCUCCAGAGGGAUUCGAUCUGCCACUGGAUAUGGCCAUGCCGUUGGCCGACAAACCCCACUUACUGCAGCCAAAUUCAAAGCGGCAGGAGCUUUUCGCCAACCUGCCCCUUCUGGUCACAACGAACGACAGCAGUGGCUCGCCCAGCGACAAUGGCGGCAACACAAUUGAUUUCCCUCCCACGAGGCUUGGAUUUUCGGCUUCCUUAAAAAGGAACGAGCAUGUUUAUGAAACAGUCCCAGCCAAACAGAGUAUGGAGGUGACGGUAAAUGCCGAGUCUGGCAGGAGCGGUGAUGGAAACGUAACUUAUAAGGCUGAAGCUUCCACAGACUCCAAUAUUUACGUUCAAUUAAAAAAGAAACAGGGCACGGAUGAUUUUAAAUCCCACAAAGAGGCUGACGGAAAUAAUAGCAAGUUCGACAAAGUUGUAUUAAUGGAAACGGAUGACAUUAGUAAUGUCCCAAGCACUAGCAAAUCGACUGAAGCAUUAAUGGCAACUCGCCCGGAAGUGAUCAUAGCACCAAAUAAGGCCACUCCUGCUCGCAGCGUUAUUGUAUUGGCUGGAGGAUCCUGUUUGAAGUCGAUGGACUCGGAUAUGAGCAGCGCUUCCUCGUCCAAUUCCUCGACUCCGGAACAAGUUAAAUGUGAUACCCAGAACCAAAAGUCGACGCACCAGCCACUAAGUUUCCCACUUCGAGGUUCAUUGUUUUAUCAAAGUAGCUUCUCUGAGCUGCCAUCUUGGAACUUUUUGCUCAGCCGCUGGAAGCUCACCUUGGAUCUGUUUGGACGCGUGUUCAUGGACGAUGUUGGAAUGGAGCACGGCUCGGUCUUGCCAGAGCUACGUGGUUUCCCAGUAAAGGAAAUGCGAUUCCGUCGUCACAUGGAAAAGCUGCGCAAUGGACAGCAGCGCGACUUGGUGCUUUGCAAGUUGGAGCGCAAUCGGGAGAAUCUGAUUAUACAGACAUUCAAGGAAUUGAAUACCCAAUUCGGAAACCAGAAUCGACGUUCCCAGCCGCCCAUCACAUUCAACCGGGUGAAGGUGACAUUCAAGGACGAACCCGGUGAAGGUUCAGGCGUGGCGCGUAGCUUCUAUACAUCCAUUGCCGAGGCGUUGCUGGCCAGCGCCAAGAUUCCCAGUUUGGAAUCAGUCCAGGUGGGCAACACUCACAGCAAGUAUGGUGUGCCGUUCUCGAGUAUUUUACGCAGCCGCACUGUCUCCGGAUCCAGUCGCGAACCAUCAACGUUGCAGCGCCGCGGCACUAGCAGCAAGAUCCUGUGGCGCACGGCUCGCGAGCGAAAGAUUUUGAAUGUGGAUGCCAGACCGUACACCCCCUUGAAUAGCGCCGAUAAUUCGAAUGCGGAGACAAUGAAUGAUCAUUUGUCCGUCCACCUGCAACAACUGGGUGAACGCCUGUACCCGAAGAUACACUCAUUAAAUCCAACGCAUGCACCGAAGAUAACUGGAAUGCUUCUGGAGAUACCAACGCCCCAGCUCCUGUCAGUUCUGUCCUCGGACGAGACCCUGCGUCAGAAAGUGAAUGAAGCCGUUGAAAUUAUAACCUUUAAACAAAAAACGGAUGCCAAUGCGCAAAGUAGUCAACCAAAAAAAUUACCAUCCGUUGUGCUUGUUGAGCCAGUGGACGAUGAUAACGAGCCAUUGUUUUAUUCCCCGGGCAAACGUGGCUUCUACACUCCACGCCAGGGUUUCGCUUCAUUUGAACGCAUUAAUGCAUUUAGAAAUAUUGGAAGACUUAUCGGACUUUGCUUACUGCAAAAUGAACUACUUCCAUUGUUCCUGCAAAGACAUGUAUUGAAAUACAUUCUAGGACGCAAAAUAAAGUUCCAUGAUCUGGCAUUUUUCGAUCCGGCUCUGUACGAAUCUUUUAGGCAAAUUAUCCAAAACGCCCAAACUAAGGAAGGCGAAGAAAAUAUCAAUAGAAUGGAGCUAUGUUUUGUAAUCGAUCUAAUGAAGGAGGAGGGUUGUGGAAACCGAGAGCUUAUCCCCGGUGGUCGAGACGUAGCGGUCACUUCUAGUAACAUUUUUGAAUACAUAAGACGCUAUACAGAAUAUAGGUUAAUAAAAUCCCAGGAAAAGGCACUCGAGGCUCUCAAAGACGGAGUUUUCGACGUGUUACCUGACAACAGCAUGAAUAGCUUGACCGCAGAGGACCUGCGUCUUCUGCUGAACGGUGUUGGCGAUAUUAAUGUCUCAACCUUGAUUUCCUAUACCACCUUUAACGACGAAUCUAGCGAGGGUCCGGAUAAACUUUUGAAAUUUAAGAAAUGGUUUUGGAGUAUAGUGGAAAAAAUGAACACUUUGGAACGCCAAGACUUGGUAUACUUCUGGACUGGCUCACCAGCUCUGCCUGCUUCGGAGGAGGGAUUCCAACCGUUACCAUCUGUCACCAUCAGACCUGCGGAUGACUCCCAUCUCCCGACUGCUAACACCUGUAUAUCUCGGCUGUAUAUUCCCCUGUACUCCAGCAAAUCAAUUUUACGCAGUAAAAUGCUGAUGGCCAUUAAAUCCAAGAACUUUGGAUUUGUAUAAGCGAAUGAAAACUUUUCCGAGUGUAUAAGGUUAAAUAUCAUUUCUUAAUUAAUGUUAGGUUUCUUUGAUUUUCGAUUUGGCGUUUUUUUUUUAUUUUAUAGUAUCAUUCCCAUAUCGGAUUAUUCAUUUUUGACCAUUCUUUUUCAAAAUUCAAACAUGAUGCCAUUAUGAAAAGCGAUUGGCGAGAACUCGACUGUCUGAUUUUCUAGGACCUUGUAGUAAACAAAAAAUGAAGUUUCCACAAAAAGAAAGAAAAGAAUAUGUAACCCAGAAAACGGCCAAUUAGGUAUUAGGAAGCCUAUGUUUUAAUUUUUAAACUCUUAAAUAAAGUAUGUUUUCUAAAGUAUGACUUAUGCACAUGUAUAUUUAUCGAUAUUGAUUCAAUAGAACUUUGAAGAAAUAAACAAUAACCUUAAGACCUUAUGGAAUUACUGUAUAAUAAACAAAAUUGAGUAAUAA